AUGGAAGUUAUCCAGAAGAAUGAGGCAUUCAGAAGAAUUGAUGGCAAAAUGAAAUUUUCCUAUGUCCAGGUUUUUGUUCGGCAAGAUGGCAAAUUAUAUUUCGGAAAACGGACAAAUCGAUUCAAUCCGCCAAAGGUGCUGGACGAUCUCCAGGAACUCAAGCAAAUUCCCACCCAGGAUAGGGGCCCAAAAGUGAAAACCGCUUGGUCAGCGAUCUAUGUGAAAACACCAAGUCUGCUUGCGUAUACCGAUGGGAAUCUUGAGGAGCGAAUCGCUCGCGAAAUCGAAACAUAUGAGUUUCUUCGGAGGAACUCCCAUCCGAACCUCGCGACCUACUAUGGUUGUAUAGAUACUCACGGUCGAGUGUCGGGACUUUGCUUGAGACGAUAUACGUCUACACUACUUGAAGCAGUCAAUCCUCAACGCCUAGGCAAGGUCGCUUUCCUUUCAAGUACGCGCGAAUUGGUGACAGCGAAGAUGAAAAGUGGCCUCGAUGGAAUUUUGGCUGCUAUCAAACAUCUUCAUUCUUUCGGACUUGUCCAUAACGAUAUCAAUCCUGCAAACAUUAUGCUUGAUGAUGAUGGGACAUUCAUUCUGAUCGAUUUCGAUAGCUGUCGAUAUAUCGGGGAGUCGUUACGCAACACCGAAACGAAAAGAACCCACCACUGGCACGACCCUGCUGUUGAGAUUUCGGUCGAGAAAAAUGACCUCGACGCUUUCAGAGAUCUGCAAAUCUGGCUGACUGGAUCUGCGGAUGAGAAUUUUGUUUUUGAAUGA